AUGGUUGGAGACGUGUUAUUCCCGUUAGGUUUCCGCCACAUCGUCUCCUACACUCACACCUACCUCGCUCCCCAAACCCAACUCCUCCACGUCAUCACUGAAAUUGCACGUGUCGUGGGGUCCACUGGAAUGGUUGUUGGUCAAUUCGUUGACCUUGACGGCUCACCAAACACCGUCGAAUUCAUCCACGAAAAGAAAUACGGUGAGAUGGGUGAGUUCUCGGCAGUUUGUGGUGGUUUACUAGCGGGCGGUGAUGUUGAUGAGGUCCAACGGUUAAGAAGGUACGGGAAAGCGGUGGGGAUUUUGUAUCAAGUGGUGGAUGAUGUUUUAGAGGCGAAGGGGAAAGGAAAGGAGAAGACUGAGAAGAGUUAUGUGGCGGUUUAUGGGGUUGAUAGAGCGGUAGAAGCAGCAGAGGAGUUAGAGGGCGGAGGCUAA